AUGAUUGAAAACACGGUUUUAGAAUACGGAUUUCGAAAUACUUCUAAAAAUGAUAUAAAUGAAUUAACUGAUUUUUUAGCAAAAGAGUUUCUUCAAACAGAACCAAUGAAUUAUGGUCUUAAAAUGUCAAAAGAGUCAAAAGAACCAAAGUUAAAAAAAUUGUUAUCCAAUGAUUUUCUAAUCAACAAUUCUUUUGUCGCUUUUUCUAAAAAAGACGGUAAAAUAAUUGGUGUUAGAUUAAUCGAUUUAAUUAAAAGAAAUGAUAAACAAAAAGAUAAUGUUAAUAAUGAAGAGGUUUCAGAAGGACAGAAAUUAAUAAACAAUAUAUUAAAUUCUGUCAAAAAAGAUUUAUGGAAUUUACUUUCUGACAAUAUUAAUGUAUUAAUAAGAACUGAAAUUUCAUGUGUCUCCAAAGAUUGGUUCAGAAAAGGAAUUGCUAGUAAAUUAGAAAAUGAAGGAAAUAAUAUUAUAAAAAACAAAUUUCCAGAAGUUCAAGGAGUUGUUGCUGAAGCUUCAAGUGUAGCAAAUCAAACACUCUUAAGAAAUAAAGGAUACAUAAGUUUAAAACAAUCAUUUUACUGUGAUUAUGGAAUGCCAAUAGGCUAUGAAGGAUCUGAUCACAUUGAACUAAUGGUAAAGUUGUUUUAA